CAUGUGAAAACUAAGCAAACACGGUUUACAAAAGUAUUUGAAUGACAAUUGGGUUUAGGCUAACAAUUGUAAGAGUUUCAACAACGGUAAAUCUUGUAAGCUUUCGACAUUUUAUCUUCAUCUUAUUGAAAAAUCCUUUGAAACUAAAAAUAUAAUCUUAAAGCUGUAUUUUAUAAUAAAUUGUGAUGACAUUAAUUGUUGGCUUGGAUAUUGGUUCUUCUUCUUGUAAAUCUUGCUUAGUACGGGUUAAUAGUUUGCCAUCAUCAUCAUCAUCCUCGAUUGCAUAUACAAUUGAGUCCACAUCCGUGAUUAACUAUGAAAUCUUGAAGAUUAAGAAUGACGACUCGACCAGAUGGGAGGUACCAAUCAAUGUGAUUCUAGAUGCCAUCCAACAAUCAGUGAAAGGACUAAAGCUGAAUCAACAAAGUUCACCUGUUGAAGCUAUAGCCAUUACUGGGCAAAUGCAUGGUUGUAUCCUUUGGGCAAACAGUCCUUGGAUUUAUGAUGAAACUAGACAUGUGUAUUCGGUUAAAAGUAAUUCCAUUAGCAAUUUAUAUUCAUGGCAAGAUCAAAGAUGUGAUUCACAAUUCAUCUCUUCCCUGCCAAAGAGUAAAAGUCCUUUAGCAACUGGUUUCGGUUCAGCCACAAUAUUUUGGCUUCAAAAAUUUCAGCCACAAUAUUUAUCACAAUUUAAUCACACUGGCACAAUAAUGGAUUUCAUUGUUGCUCUCAUCUGUCAAUUAGAGACACCAUUAAUGUCACCCCACAAUGCCGCUGGAUUUGGCUAUUUUAAUUCACGUAAAAAAAGUUGGUCCAAAAAAUUACAUUCUGAUAACUUCCCAACCCACAUCUUACCCAAAAUUGUCGAUGUCGAUUACAUAGCUGGUAAUUUGGCAAAUGAUUGGAUUGGGUUACCCAAAGGCAUACCUGUUUAUACUGCGUUCGGUGACUUACAAUGCUCGACAUUUGCUUGUAUUCAAAAUAAGCUCAAUUCUGCAGUUCUAACUAUGAGUACAUCACUCCAGUUGGUUGUUAACCCAAUGGAUCAAAAUUGGCAUAAUGAGAAUGCAACCUCUUCAAAUUUCCUCCCUGAUCUUAAAAAAGUACUUUUGAUUCCUUAUGUUAAGGAUAACUUUAUUGUUGCCGCUGCAAGUCUUAAUGGAGGAAAUGUACUUGAAGCAUUUGUUGGUUUUAUACAAAAUUACUUGGAAGAUUUAACUGGCUCGGAGUUUCCAAAAGAACGGAUUUGGAAAAGACUUAAUGAAUCAACUGGAACUGCUGAUUUCAACAAUAAUCCUGAUUCAUCUUCAAUUAAGUUUAUUCCAACCUUAUAUGGUGAAAGAUAUGAUCCUCAAUUACGAUCAAGUUUAUUGAACAUUCCACCUGACUUGACUCCUCAUUCAUUGUUUAAUGCAAUUUGUUAUGGAUUAAUUGAAAACAUAUUCACCAUGAUACCUGUUAAAUGGUUGACCAGUCUGCCAAUCAAUGAAAUUCAAGCCACUGGAGGAGCUUUACUUCGUAAUCCCAUCUUGAAGAAUUCAUUGGAGACUAUUUGUGCUCAAUAUGGAAUCAAAGUGAAUUACAUGGAGCAAGCUGACGCUCACAUUGGAGCCGCUUUAAUGGCUUCAAUGUUUUACAGUAAAUAACAAAUCCUUAAAACUUCCAGUUCGAGUAAAUGUUUCAAUUGAUGGUAAUUGAAAUUAAUCUGGUAUCACUUUAUUAACAAACCAUUCAAUAGCCAAGAAGUAAAUUUUCUGACCAAACGAUGCAUUUAUUUAAUUUGUAAUGCACCAAGUGCUUUUAGCUAGUUGUGUGAACCUUUGUUCAACACUUAUAGUUAAUGAUUCAUAUCACAAUUAAACUUUCAAAGUGUUUGAAUUUAAGUAGCAAGACCACGAUUGAAGUACCAGAUUUCUUGAUCGCUGAUCAACACUUGAAACGAUGAUUCUUCAACAUGCAUCCACCAACUGGUGUCACUAACUAAGGGAAUUUUACCACUUCAUUGACCAGACAAAUCGUUAUUUCUCGUGGCCUCGAACGAAAUAACCAUUAAUCGUAAUUUGCCAUUGGAAACUUUGAUUCGAUAAAAUGUGUGAUUUUGUGUUAUUAAUGUCCAUUGUUAUCGAGUUGAGACACAUUAAACUAGUCGAUUAAUUUGAAA